ACUGGGGAGGCCGGCGACUUGGCUCGGGGCACGUUUGGGGCAUGGUGCGGGUGAGCCGUGGGGUGUGGGGGUGCCCUCCGGGCUCGGGCCCCGGGGAGCCGCCCGUGGAAGAGUUCCGCCUGCAGUCGGACCAGCUGGACGUCAGCCUCAUCUCCUGGGGCUGUGCCCUCACCGCCCUCCGCCUGCCCGGGGCACACCCCGGGGCACACCCCCGGCCACACUCCGACGACCUCGUCCUCGGCUUCUCGGACCUCUCAGGCUAUCUCGGCAAACAGCCUUAUUUGGGAGCGGUAAUUGGGCGAGUUGCAAACCGCAUUGCCAAAGGAAAGUUUUCUCUGAACGGAAGAGAAUUCCAGCUUGCCAUCAACAAGGAACCCAACUCCCUGCAUGGAGGGAAUCGAGGAUUUGACAAGUUCCUGUGGAGCGCGCAAGAGUUGCCCAAUGGUGUUCAGUUCUUCCGGAUCAGUCCAGAUGGCGAGGAGGGCUACCCUGGGGAGCUGAAGGUUUGGGUGACGUACACGCUCGACGGAGGGGAGUUGGCAGUGAACUACAGAGCUCAGACCAACAAGCCCACGCCUGUCAACCUGACAAACCAUACCUAUUUUAACUUGGCUGGUCAGGGUUCCCCGAAUAUAUACGAUCACGAGGUUUCUAUCGAAGCCGAUGAGUACUUGCCCGUAGAUGAUACUCUGGUUCCUACAGGAGAGGUUGCUCCCGUGCAGGGAACUGCCUUUGAUCUGAGAAAACCUGUGAACCUUGGAGAGCAGAUGAAGAAGUUUCAGAUUGAUGGCUUUGAUCACAACUUCUGCCUGAAGAAAACCAACAAAAAACAUUUCUGUGCAAGGGUUUAUCACCCUCCCAGCGGCCGGCAGCUGGAGGUGUACACCACGCAGCCUGGGGUCCAGUUUUACACGGGCAAUUUCCUGGAAGAAUCGCUGAAGGGGAAAGGCGGCGUGAGCUACCCCAAGCACUCUGGCUUCUGCCUGGAGACCCAGAACUGGCCGGACGCUGUCAAUAAGCCCCAUUUUCCAUGCGUGUUACUACAGCCGGGAGAGGAAUAUAACCACACCACUUGGUUCAACUUUUCCGUGGUCAAAAAAUAGUAGACCUGAGUCUCACGCAGCCCCGGGCCGAGGACAAAACGUCUGGGCACUGAAGCUGUGUCCGCCUGCCAACUUCUCCCAAAGGGAGCCAGAGAAAGGGGAAGCUUGGAGGCCUGUGAUCUGUGGUACCUGAAAGUGAGAUUAAAGCAAUAAAAGUUGCAACUAUUGAAAUAGUCA